AUGGCUGCGACCAUGAAUGAGAAAAACUUUUGAGUUUUUUCUAUUUUUCUCUUAAUUUGACAGGGUUUUCUCUCCUUGAUUUUCAGAAGAACAACUUUGACACAGGAAAUGGAUUACUCUCGGUUCCUUGAUGAAAACUUUGAUGUGAAAGAAUGGGUGAACCAGGCGUUUAGAUCUACCAAAGAUACCACUACUAACAAAGAUCAAUAUGCCACCACUUUGGUGAUGAAGCUUCAGAUGUUCAUUCAGGAGGUGAAUAACAUCAUUGAAGAUGCCAGCCAACAGUCAAUACAGAAUUUACCCAGGGUGAUGAGAGACAUUGAAGCUGUCAGGCAGGAGUCUGUCUUGCUGCAGGAGCAGAUGAGAAUGGUCAAAGAGGAUAUUGAAAAGGUUGAGCAUGACACGUCACACUCCAUGCAGACAUUGCUAAGGCUAGACAACAUCAAGUCCAAGAUGAAGGCUGCCUCUGAUGCUCUCCAGGAAGCUGACAACUGGACAACUCUGUCUGCAGAUGUGGAAGAAGUUCUCCAGUCUAAGGAUAUAGAGGCAAUAUCAACAAAGCUUGUCGGAAUGCAGCAAAGUCUGCAAAUGUUGGUGGAUGUUCCUGAUUAUGCAGACAGAGUACAACAUCUUGAGGCCUUAAAGAAUCGUCUGGAGGCAAUGCUUAGUCCUCAGGUUGUGGCAGCAUUCGGUGCCCAGUCAUCUGAAGCAGCACAGAUGUAUGUGAAGAUCUUCAGUGACAUUGACCGUCUGCCUGAACUAUACAAAUACUACCAUAAAUGCCAUAAGAGUGCACUUCUCCAGUCAUGGCGGACCAUCAUGGAGAGUAACCCAGAUGACACGUUGAUAGAAUGGCUGCCGGAGUUUUAUGAUCUGUUGCUCACAACAUGGCACACACAGAUCAAGUGGUGUUCCCAGGUGUUUGAGGAGCCGGUGCAGAUCGUGUGUGACCUACUGGCCGAAACAUUGAAAGGCCUCGACCCUUCUUUGCCUCAUACAAUAGUGGAAUAUCUUCAGAACGGACAGAAUACUUUACUCUGUCUUAUUGAGUUGAAACAGAUAUCUGAUCGAUUUGCGAAGAGUAUAGAAUCAGCCAUUGACUCCUACACAAAUGGCAACAUGUCUCAGUCCUGCGUUGACAGCCUCGCUGUUUCAAUCUACCUCCCAUACAGAAGAUACAUCACCAAGUACGGCGCAUUCGAGGACAAGACGCUCAAUGACGAACUCGAUAAUAUACAGGUGGACCAUGAUGAAAUCAUUGACAGUGUGAGACUGUUGGGGGAGUCGGUGGGAAAGCUGUUCAGUGCUGCUGAGGAGGCCAAUGAAAGAUGUAUGAAAUUCGCCAAUGGUUGUGGCUACCCAGACCUCUUACAAGCUGUCGAGGCUUACCUGAAAAACUAUGUCAAAGAAUUCCGUCGUGUUCUCGUCAAUUUGAGGGAGAAAUGUAAAUUAGACGCGCCAGGUGACCACGAAGACUGGUCACUCUUCCAACAUUCCUUACGCAUCAUUCAAACAUGUGGUGAUCUUAUUCUUCAUACAGAGGAAUAUGACCAGAACCUUAUCAGCAACAUAUUGAAUUCAAUCGGCAAGCAUUAUCAUCCGUCAUCGCCUGUCAAGACAGAAACAACCAGAUCAAAAUGGAAUCCAUUCCAUGAUGCAAAGUAUCUGCUCCUCGAGAGCCAGGAGGAUCAACUUGCUGUGGAAUCUCUGCUGGAGAAGCUGGAAGAAGGUGACGCUCCUUGCGUCCUGCCAGAUGUGAUGAAGCACAUGUGUAAACUGAGUGAAGAGGUUCACCGUUUCGCAUUUGAUAUUGUCUUUCAUCAGCUGAAGGAGCAUCUCGUAUCCCUCGCUCAUAUGGAGACUUGGACCUCCCAAAGUGCGGGUGGUGCACUGACGUCAGACCUGCCAACCUUCAGUUUAUCGCCACAAGAAUACAUCACCAAGAUUGGUCAGUACCUGAUGACGUUACCACAGCAACUGGAGCCGUUCACGAUGGAGGACAACCCAGCAAUCAUCGCAGCGCUGAAACAUGGCAAGCUGCCCUUUACAGAUGAACAAGAACUACCUGCGCACAUCGCCGACUUAUGGCUCGAGUCUAUUGCGCGAGGGACGAUGCAUACAUACUGUGAGGAGAUCUUAAAGAUACGUGAAUUAUCACCUCACGCUACAAGACAGCUGAGAACGGAUGUUGAUUACCUUUGUAAUGUCCUCGACGAUCUGGAUCUCCACGCCUCGGAGACGAUGAAGAACCUGGCCUCACUCCUGAAAACCGACCAAGAGAACUACGGCGAAGCAUCAGAGAAGAUGCCUCGGCGGCUAGUUAGUGCUGUAGCUGAGAUGAGGGGCAUCAAGCUGGACUGAUGGACCAUUGGUGGUGGGAGCAGGGACAUCAUUGCCAAUUCAUUCAAGUUACAAUUGGUGCCUGGCACUAUGAAAAUGGCCGAGUCAGUUUGGUUACAUACACUUGUAGAUGCGCGUAGUCAGUGCAGCAAUAGAAAUAAUGAUGUCUUUGAGUUACCAAGAGAGACAUAAAAAGUUGAACUGAUCGAUAGAGGUUGUCCUGUGUGCUGUCAGUCUCAGGCUGUCUUUGCUGUCCUACUUAUAAUGUUUACUAAGUAAGUAAGAGGAUAAAAGGUACAUUGUUGAGGCAAAGAUUAUCUACAAUUACAUGUAGUUACCUUCAUGUUUGUGUGUGAAUUCUGCAACCCAUUGUGCUGCUGUGUAUUUAUUGUAAAUAGAAUAAUAAUAUUAUC